AAAAAAGCAAAGCGUAAAGCUAGAGAACGUCAACUUGAAAUUGCACGAAGAAUGGCAAUGAUGCAAAAACGUCGAGAACUUCGAGCAGCUGGUUUAGGGACAUUUUUGGGAUUAGCACCAAAAACAAAACCAUGCAUGGAUUAUAAUUCAGAAAUUCCAUUUGAGAAACAACCUCCUAAAGGAUUUUAUGAUACUAGUAGAGAAAAACCAGAAAUUAAACCUAUGGAUUUUCAACGUUUAAGACUUUCAGAUAUUGAAAAAGAAAGUUUUAUGGAAAGAGAAAAGCGUGAACGUAAAAAAGACGCAGAACGCCAAGCUAAACGUAUGCAAUCUGAUUUACCUGGAGUUAUUUUACAACGUGGUAAUUCUUUGGAUGAACCAAUGUUAAAACGAUCGAAGCUUGUACUUCCUGCUCCUCAAGUAUCUGAUUUAGAAUUGGAAAAUUUAAUUAAAGUUGGUCAAGCUGGUGAAAAUGCUGUAAGAAUGGCUAUUGAAGAUGCUGAUGGUGAAUUGGGUUCUGCAACACAUCCUUUGUUACCUGAAUAUCCUACUGGUGGUUUUGCGACUCCAGCAUUAAAUUUACAACGAACUCCAAUGGCUAUGAUAGAUUCUGUGACUAGAGAAGCACAAAAUAUCUUAGCUUUACAACAAGUACAAACUCCACUUAAAGGCGGUGAAAAUACUCCUUUAGUUGGUGAAUCUGAUUUCUCUGGUACAACGCCUCGUUUACCAAAUACUCUAGCAACUCCAAAUGUUUUACUUCCAAGUCAGAUUAUUGGUACAACUCCAUUUCGUACACCGAACAGCAGCAUAGAAAAUGGCACUCCAAAUCUUCUUAUGGGCGGUGAUAGUACACCUGGUCCGUUAAGAAAAGCCGGUGAACAAUAUCCCGGCACUGUGGCUGUAUCAAAUACCCCAUUAAGAAAUCGUUUAAAUAUUAAUCCAAUUCAUGAGAACAAUUUAGAAGAUGGCAUCAAUCAUCAUCAUUCUGAAGCAGUAGGAGGUGGAGCAGCAUAUUACGAUCAGAAUGGUGUAAAAACUAAUCUACGCAAGAGUUUGGCGAAUCUACCAACACCGAAGAAUAAUUUUGAAAUAUUCUUACCCGAUGAAACGAACACCACUGGCACUGAUGAUACUGAUGACAUUGAUAGUAGUAAUGUAGAUAUGGACCAAUUGGAUGAAGAACGUGGCACUGCUGCCAGAAUUCCUGACCAGUCAGAUUUAGAUAGACAAUCGGAAAGAGAACGUGCUAAAUUGGCCGAAUUGGAAUGGUCUAAACGUAGUCAAGUGGUUAGACGAUCUUUGCCAAGACCAUCUGCUGUAAAUCAUACUAUUUUGCGUAACGCUCCAGGUAGUGGUGUCAAUCAACCACCAUCUCAACAACAAGAAGCAAGUAUGACUGAUUUACAAAAGGCUGAAGAAUUAAUUAAACAAGAAAUGGUCACUAUGAUGCAUUAUGAUAAUUUAAAUAAUCCACCACCAAAUCAAUUAUUGGAUGCGACAAAACAAACAACUGGUGGUGGUAGUGGUGGUACUAUUGCUCCAGCUAGUCAACAACGACGUUAUUUACAACAAUUGAAAGCAACACAUGAAAAUUUUUUAAAAGAUUACCCGUAUGAACAAUUUGUACUGGAUGAUUUGAAAUUGGCAGAGAAUUUACUUGAAGAAGAAAUGCAUAUAGUACGUAAUGGUAUGGGACAUGGUGAAUUAUCCAUUGAAGCAUAUGCUAAAGUUUGGCAUGAAUGUUUAAGUCAAGUUUUAUAUUUACCAGCACAUCGACGUUAUACACGUGCGAAUUUAGUAACAAAACGUGAUCGAAUUGAAUCACAUGAGAAACGCCUGGAUCAACUACGUCAUCUAAUGGCUGAAGAAGCUAAACGAGCUGCAAAACUAGAAAAAAAACUUAGAAUUUUAUUAGGUGGAUAUCAGUCACGUGCACAAACUUUAAUGAAAGCCAUUGAAGAGAGUGUCGAUCAAAUUGAACAAAGUCAAAUGGAAUUGACCACUUAUGAACGAUUGCAUGAUCAAGAAUUAUGCGCUAUUGCUAGACGUUCUGAUAUUUUAGAAGCUGAUGUUGAACGUCAACAAAAACGUAAUGCUGAUCUACAACGUGAAUAUGGCCGAUUAAUUCGUAUUCGUGAAGAACGUGAAGCUGAUGCUUUCCUAGCUAGUAAUAUCGACUUAAUAAGUAAUGGUGGUGGUGGAGGAGGUGAUGAUGGUGGCGGCAGCAAGUCUGAUGGAGGAGAUACGUUGACAUCCGGCAAUGUUGUCGGUGGUAAUGGUAGUGAGGUUAUCACUUCUCCUGACAUAAACAAUCAAACGAAUCAUACUGAAUCCUUGAAAACACAACAAGUCUAUGGCAAUAAAAAUAUCCACUCGGGUAAAUGGAUUGCUGUAACACAAACAGAACCUAUGGAAGAUCCAGAUCAGCCAAUGCUAUUGUCGUCCAAUGGAGAGAUUAUUACAAAAUCUCAUCCUGAUUCAAAUCAUUUAGUAAAUGAGAUUGAUCAUGAUAAUACUAAUGAUCAUGCAUAUUCUACCGCCGACGACGGUACUAUGGCUGUGUCCCUUGCAAACAACAACACCACCAACGAUAAACUACGGUCUACUACUACUAAUGAUGAUGAUGACGAGACAGAAUCGCUGGAUAGAAUGGAAUCAACGCUUAUGAAACAACAGACUAUCAGUUCACAUUAAUGUUUAUUCUCUUUCAUUUUCAUUUUUCUUCUCCUUGUGUGUAUACAACAGUUGUGUUUUAGUUUUUUUUUACCGCUCUCCUCGUCCUCCUACUCCUCUCUCACUCUCUCAGUGGCCCGCUUUACUCUGCAUUGUUGAUUAUUUGGUUGCUUUGAUCAUCAUUAUGAUUAUUCCUUGUGUGUGUGUGUUGGCGAAGACUACAAGAAUUUUCUAUGCAUUCUACAAGAAUGAAUUGUUAGUGGACAAGUUGUUUACUCGUUUGCUUUAUAUAUAUAUCUGUUUUCUAGAACAGUCGAACUCUUGUCAUUUUAAAAGAUAGUUCACAUAUUUUUUGUUAAACACUUUCCUAUGUCUCUCUUGUCCUAUCUAUUUAUUGACUGACACAAUAGUGAUUGUAAAAUAAAACUGAACUAAUUG